CCUUUUGAGGUUGCUUUAUUUUCAUUCAUUUCAAUACGUUGUUGUGAUUGUGCACGCUGUUAUCCUACACGGAGACACCACAAACAUCAAAGAGAAGGUUGCAAAUAAUAUACGCGAGUCGUCCGGAGACGAGGCAGUGGCUGUGCUGUGAAAUCUGCAACCCUUCCUUUUGCGAGCUCAUCACCAGCUGCAGCUGCAACCGUUAUUGGACGUGUAGUACGGCAAAACAAACUAAUACGAUGAAGGUGCUUCGGUCAUAGUAUCGAUUUUGCUUAGAAGGGCUGAAAUUAUGCACAGAACUUGCAACAGGACUCCUUUUAACACAACUCAGCAUGUGUUUAAGGUGGGAUUUCCCCGUUGCUGUAUCUAAAUGACAAUAAGGAAUAGUUAAAAAAAGGAGGAGUGCUAAAGUGAACUUCUACGAUAGAGAUGCCAGCAUAUGAAACAGUAUGAUGAGUAUAUGGAUCCAGCUCUAAACUACUUCUCAUAUCUGGAGCAAAGAGGGGCAGCCUAUAGAUGAGAAGGGUUCACAAUGCCCCCAGGAGUGCAGUGGGUGCAGGAUAUCUGGGAAGAGGAGGAAAACCCAGAAAUUGAUCUUGAUUUUCUUCUGCCUACCGGGAUUUACCUGCGCUUUCCUGUGCUACGCAGUGCCACUAUCGGGGCUAUCAAAAAGCAUGUCUGGAAGAGAGCCCAGAGCGAGCCCCUAUUUCAAUCCCUCAAUGAGCCCGAUGCCUACGUCUUCACCUGCAUCAACGUCACCGCAGAGCAGGAGGAGCUGGAGGAUGAGCAGCGGCGCCUCUGUGACGUGCGUCCCUUCAUGCCCAUACUGCGGCUGGUGUCCCGAGAGGGGGACCGGGUCGAGAAGGUCAGCAACACCCACAUCAGCCUGCUCAUUGGAAAAGGUUUGCAUGAGUUCGACUCCUUGAAAAACCACGAAGUGAACGAGUUCCGCUCCAAGAUGCGGCAGUUCUGUGAGGAGAAAGCGAUGGACAGGCAGAGGCUAGAGUGGCACAGGUGGAUGCAAUCCAACUUCCCCUGUGAGCUGGAACCCUGCUCAAAGCUGCCAGAGACCGGCUGCCUCAAGUCACGCAGCGCCAAGAAACUCAUCGUGAACGUCAAGUUCGAAUCGAGUGAUGAAAGCUUCACAUUUCAAAUCCUACCCCAAGAUAUCCCAUUAACUCUAAUGCAGUAUGCUUUAAAAAAGAAAGCCACGGUCUUCAGGCAGCCCAGACAAGAAAAACCAGAGGAUUACACUUUAAGAGUCAACGGACGCUGUGAAUAUAUUUAUGGGAAAUAUCAGCUUUGCCAGUUCAAAUAUAUCUGUACCUGUCUGCAUAACGGUCAGACCCCUCACCUCAGUAUGGUUCAUCACACGGCGAUCAGGAAAAUGCAGGAGGAGCAGGGGAGCUUCAACAUGCAGAUCAGCAAGAGCCGCGCCUUCUCCAAACCCCCUCCCCUGCCUCUCAAGAAGCAAACUAUCUCUUCCCUGUGGACGAUGGAGGAACCGUUUAUUAUCCACUUGGUGCAGGGGAGCAGGGUGAAUGCUGACGAGGGCAUGAAGCUGGUUGUUCAGGCCGGACUGUUCCAUGGGAGUGAGAUGUUGUGUAAAAUGGUAACCAGCAGUGAGGUGGUUGUCUCGUCGGAGCCCGUUUGGGAUCAGAAACUCGUCUUCGACAUCAAUAUCAGCGAACUUCCACGCAUGACCCGUCUCUGCUUCGCCCUGUAUGCUGUCAUCGAGAAAGCCAAAAAGCCACGAUCCACCAAGAAGAAGUCCAAAAAAGCUGAUUGCCCCCUUGCCUGGGUGAACACCAUGGUGUUUGACUAUAAGGACCAGCUGAAGACUGGAGAUGUCUCCUUGUAUACCUGGCCAUCUGUCCCAGAUGAUAAAGGUGAUCUUCUGAACCCUAUGGGUACUGUAGAGAGCAAUCCCAACACAGACAGCACUGCGUCUCUCACGAUACGCUUUGCCAACGUCAGACCGCACCCCAUUUACUACCCCUCCUCUGAUAAGAUUUUUGAACUGGGCAGGAAUGGGAAGCAUGUGAGAUCAACGGACGAGGAGCAACGAAAACUGAGAGAAAUUGUAGAAAAUAAAAACUAUACAGAGAUCUUUGAAGACGACAAAGAAAUUCUGUGGAAGCUGCGCUAUGAGGUCCGGGACCUGCACCCUGAGAAUUUAGCCAAGCUCUUACUGAUCACGAAAUGGAACAGGCACGAGGAUGUGGCACAGAUGACCUGCCUUUUGCAAGAUUGGCCCGAUCUUUCUCCCUGGCAUGCACUGGAGCUAUUAGACUACAGCUUUCCUGACCGCAAUGUCAGGUCCUUCACUGUCAGGUGUUUAAAAAAGCUAAGAGACGAUGAGCUGCUGCAGUAUUUGCUGCAGCUGGUGCAGGUACUGAAAUACGAAUCCUAUCUAGAUUGUGAUCUCACCAGGUUUCUACUGGAAAGAGCUCUGGCCAAUAGGAAAAUCGGACACUUCUUGUUUUGGCAUCUCAGGUCAGAAAUGCACGUCCCGUCUGUGUCUUUGCGGUUCGGUCUCAUUUUGGAAGCAUAUUGCCGCAGCAGUUCUCAUCAUAUGAAAUUGUUGAUAAAGCAGAACGAAGCUCUUAACAAAAUGAAGUCUUUGAAUGACUUUGUGAAAUCCAGCUCGCUGAAAACGACACACAUCCAUACGAGGGACGUGAUGCGCUUGUACAUGAAGCAGGACACCUACAUGGAAGCUCUGACUGACGUGGUGUCUCCUCUCAACCCAAACUUCAUCCUCGCAGAUAUCUGUGCGGAGAAGUGCAAGUUUAUGGAUUCCAAGAUGAAGCCCCUUUGGCUUGUCUACACUAACGAAAAAGUGCAAGGGGAACCGCUGGGAAUAAUUUUCAAGAACGGCGAUGAUCUCCGUCAAGAUAUGUUGACUCUACAAAUGAUCCAGUUAAUGGACGUCCUAUGGAAACAAGAAGGACUGGAUUUAAGAAUGAUUCCUUAUGGAUGCCUUUCCACUGGUAACAAGACGGGGCUGAUUGAGGUGGUCAGUAAUUCAGACACCAUCGCCAACAUCCAGCUGAACAAGAGCAACAUGGCAGCCACUGCCGCUUUCAACAAGGACGCCCUGUUAAACUGGCUGAAAACCAAAAACCCUGGGGACGCACUGGAUCAGGCAGUUGAGGAAUUCACUCUCUCCUGCGCUGGUUACUGUGUAGCUACUUACGUUCUGGGAAUAGGAGAUCGCCACAGUGACAAUAUAAUGAUCAGGGAAAACGGACAGCUGUUCCACAUUGACUUCGGCCACUUUCUUGGGAACUUCAAGAGCAAGUUUGGCAUCAACAGGGAGCGGGUGCCGUUCAUUUUGACGUACGACUUCGUUCAUGUCAUACAGCAAGGGAGAACCAACAACAGCGAGAAAUUCGAGAGGUUCCGGGAUUACUGUGAAGAGGCCUAUAAGAUUCUCUGCAGGAACGGGACUCUGUUUGUCAACCUGUUUGCGUUGACGAGGGCCGCUGGUCUGCCAGAGCUCAGCUGCUCCAAGGAUAUCCAGUACCUCAAGGAUUCUUUAGCCUUGGGGAAGACUGAAGAAGAAGCCCUUAAACAUUUCAAAGAGAAAUUUGAUGAAGCACUCCGGGAAAGCUGGAAAACCAAAGUGAACUGGAUGGCUCAUAAUGUAGCCAAAGAUAACAGAUAAACCAGAAAAUGAACCAUUCUUGGAAAACACAAAUCCUGCCAUUUUUCUUUCACUCAAGGAAUUCAGCUCUCAUGUGCAGCUGAAGAGUUAUUGAGAAACGAUGUAGAAAAUCACUGCUUUUCACCACUAAAAACAGCAAAACACAACUUCAGAAGAACAUGCAAUAUAUAUAUAUAUAUAUAUAUAUAUAUAUAUAUAUAUAUAUAUAUAUAUAUAUAUAUUUUGUAAGGAUGUGUAUUUAAUGUGUAUGUUUUGUAUGUUAUUUCUUAGCAGUCACAGUGAAGGAGGAGUAUGUGAAAUAGUCUUUUUGAAACAAAGCGGUACGUCAGAAUAUCAUGGGAGUAUUAGCCUCGUACUGUAAAGCGUAACAUUUUAAAACACGUAUUGUGUUAAUAUUGUUUGCAUCCAUGAAGGAUGAAGCCAGUUUAAAUGGAUAUUGGUUUGUAAUGUGAAGUUUAAAAUGCUGCCUUGAGUAGGCAGAGUUCUUUUAAGGCAGUGCACUUUGUUUUUAGUAAUCUAUUUUCAUUUUUGCAAUUGCUACACCGAAAAAAAAAAAAAAACAAAAAAAAAACCUCAUACUUCUAGCACUUAAUUACUUUGAUAGGUUUUACCAAAUUCAUUAUUCAAUGUGCCUAAAUUAAUUUUUGGAAGAUUUGCUAUUUAUUUGUAAGUUUAUGCAACAAAUAUAUGUAUGCUGUAAGAAAUGCUUCUUAUUAAUGUGAUCCUGUGCUAGAACUUAGUUAACCAUUUAAAGUUAUAGCAGGAACUGUAAAAUAGUUUUGUUUUCCCUUCCUUAGUUGCAUUUAAAUUGGCAUCUUUUGUUCACUGUUUACCUAUUCCACUUGCUCAUUCACAUUGUGUUUCAAUCUUGUAAUAUUCUAUUGCUAGAGCGAACAUGGUGAAGAGACCUUGGCUACAAAGGAUGAACACUUUAAAUGUUUUAGUUAUUUGAGCCAAAUGGUGUAGCCAUUGCAAUCGCCUAUGUACAAGUGCAAUACCAGUUACUGUAUAUUCAUCACCAAGACUUGAAUAGAAACAUGGCAAGAUAUGUACUGUUCGAAUAGCCUUAUCGAAGGCAGCCGUUCAACACGUGGACCUUCACUCUUGUAAAUGAAGUACGUGCCUUUGUUUAUACCAGGUUACGAAAGCCAUUUAAAAAGGGCUGGGUAAUGGACUCGAGAUGAACAUUCCCCAUUGCACUAGACCCAGCCUUCAUUGAAGAAGCUUGUUUGAUUUGAACUCCUGAUAACAACAAAUGCAAUUAAUAAUCUUUAAUUAUUGCAUUGUUUGUAUGUGUGUGUAAUAUUAAAAAAAAAAAAAAAAAAUCUAGUUCUUGCUCUGUAUUCAAUAUAUUUAGAUUGUUCCCCUUUAGUUUCCACAACACUGAAAAUGGUUUGAGAUAUACCAGCAGUGGAAUUAUCAGCUGAGGAUUUACAAAAACGUAGGCACUCCCUCCUUAGGAGGCUUCAUUAAAGCAGAUAAUAAUGAAACAAGGGUCUGCCGACUGUUUCCAACUUUGACUUGUGUACAGGGCAUGCUGCCGAUUCAAUGCCUGAUCGCAGAGGUCCUGCACAAUGCAUUUGCAUCUGUCUU